AUGAACGCCAUCGCCGGCGUGCGUGUGCAGCAGAAGGCGAGGAGGCGGCGCGUGCCGGCAUUCGGGGAGUGGAACUACAGCUACUACGGCAGCGCCGAGCUCGCCACGCCCGCGGCGGCGGUCCCCUUCGAGAGGUACGCGGCGGAGCUGGAGGCCCGCAGCGACGUGUGGUUCAAGUACUCGCCGCCGUCGCGGAAGCCACCGCCGGUCAGCAGGAAGGUCCGGAGGCCGGCGGAGAAGUCUUACUGCGGCGGCGGCAAGCGCCCCCGUGCUGCGACGCCUGCGAGGGCGUCCGACGGCGUGGUCCCGUCGUCUGUGCCGCACACGCCGGCAAAGAGCACCAGCGCUGCCAGGGCGGCGCGUGUGGUGCAGCGCGUCGACGCCGACCUGUACCAGGUGCCCCCGCCGGAGUUCGUCCACGACGAUGACCUGAGACCAAGGUGGAAGCAGCAGCCUCCGCCACGGCAGCACUACAGAGAGUGGAACUACAAUUGCUACGGCAGCACCGAGCUCGCCACGCCCGCGGCGGCGGCGGCGGCGGCGGCGGAGCUGGAGGCCCGCAGCGACGUGUGGUUCAAGUACUCGCCGCCCCCGCGGAAGCAGCCACCGCCGCUCAGUAGGAAGGUCCGGAGGCCGGCGGACAAGUCUAACGGCGGUGGCAAGCGCCCCCGUGCUGCCAGGCCUGCGAGGAGGUGCGACGGCGUGGUCCCGUCGUCUGUGCCGCGCACACCGGCAAAGAGCACCGGCACGGCUAAGGUGGCGUGUGUGGUGCAGCGCGUCGACGCCGACCUGUACCAGGUGCCCCCGCCGGACUUCGUCCACGACGACGACCUGAGGCCAAGGAUUGUGCAAAAUUUUUGGUAUUUUUUAUUUCUAGAGCAUUGUACUGUGUGGAUCGAAAGAAAAUCUAUGCAUGGUGCCGUAUUCAGACUGCUUGAGCUUGACACCGCCCAAUCAUCUGACACGCAUCUCAAAACAAUUCGAACGCGCUUUUGCCCGCCCUCUCCUUGCGUGCCUCCGUGCUUCAGGCUCUUCAGAGCCGGAUGCGGCUACAUGAAAAUUGGAUCGACCCCGCCCUUCCUCGUCUGCCUCUCCUGCGCAUCGUACUUGGAGUCAUCGGCAGUGUCCAUGCCGUCACUGGCCUGGCCUGGCAGCAGCGACAGAUCGACGGACGUGAUCAGGUUGGGCAUCAGAUUCAGACGUGUAUCACCGUCGUCGCCGUUAAUCUCGGUAACAGGUGGCGGAGUCGAUGGAGAGGUGAAGUUGGUCGUUGGAGGCUGUCCCUUGCAGUCCACAGUCUAG